AGCUAUAUAUCUACUCUCAGCCGACGAAGCUUAUCACCCCUCGGGAAGUCACUCCGGAGGUAGUAUCUUUUCGGUCCUUCAGUAAGUCGCAGCAAGUUCUACGGACGCGUCAAAGGACUAACCCCGGUGCUUCUCCGUGUGUGAGCACCAGCAGAUGUACUUGUUUUUUGUUUUGGCCUCGCUGAUGGUUGCUAGUGCACCGGCACUGGCAUACCUAUCAGCGGGCUUGAAAGAUCAGCUACUGUCGGAUGUGCUGCUGCGAGAGAUAGUGGAUCGCAUGGGCAAGGACAUAGCCGAGGCGGCGGAUUCCUACAUCGAUCCGAUGGACGAGUUUCCCGGUCGCCUAGCGAUGAUGGCCCGUGCCAGCAAGGAUCUAGAAUCGGAACAACUGGACUACGAUGCACUGCUCGAUGGUAAUCCGAACCCGUCACCCCGGGACCAAGAAUUCCUACAGCAUAGUUCACUCUGGGGUCACCAGUACGUAUCCGGUGGGGCGGGCGAAGGCCCCCACAUGCCAAAGCCGCAAGUGAAAACCGAUGCCAGUCUACCGGCUUACUGCAAUCCACCAAACCCAUGCCCGGUGGACUAUUCGGAAGAUCAAGGUUGCACGAUGGAUUUCGAGAAUACGGCCGCAUUCAGCCGGGAGUAUCAAGGGGCCCAAGAUUGUAUGUGCGAUGGGGAACAUAUGUUCAACUGCCCGACCCAACAGCAGAACGAACAGGGAACGCAAAUGGAUUCGGAUUUGGAAAACUUCAUUGCCCGACAGUUCCACACCCAGGAGCACAAGAGCCUGGUUGCGAAGAAGUUCCACGCGAAGAAGAGCUCCAAUCCCUUCCUGGAAGGGGAAAAGCUUCCCAUCGCCGCCAAGAAAGGCUUCAACGUCCAGCUCUAAGCCUUUGGAUCCACAAUCUCGCGCCAGCAGUGAGUAGUGGCCAGAACAUAAUGGUGACGAUGAUGGCCACUACCCCGUUCGGCAGAGCACUAUGGGGCACGGAAACCAAUCAAACCGAUGACGAACAACCGGCACACGCGAAAAACGGACUACGGCACAAGUACAUCUAGGCAUACAUCUUAAAACAAAAAUCAAUAUUUAUAAUGCAUAUAGCUGUAAAUUACAAAACCGAUAGUUGCUACAGGCAGAUGAAUAUUAGCAAUCGUAAUUCGGGAGAUGAAAGGCAACUUUUAGUCAUAGCUCUGAUUUCCCGCGCACGAACACAAAUCUUCAAAUGUUCCCAUAAAUCAACUGAAUAUUUCCUCUAUUUCAUACGCUUGAUGCGUACUUGAGCAGUGCAGGAGCAUUCCUUCAAAUUUUUUCCUAGAAUCCUUGCCAAAAAACCCAAACCUUUGAGAUUGAUGUUAAUAAUGUUAAGUAAUCGAGAAGCGAACGCAGAGGGCGGUAUUUCUACAAUUUCAAGUGAUAUGUUCAUCCAAUCAAUAGUAACUACGUCACAGUCACAGCAUCAGAUGAUAGAGAUAAUUGUACUUAGUGAAUACUAACUAUUGUCUAUUACUCGACGAUCGGCCAUUCACAAAUGGAGCUGAUUAUGUAAUUUUUGAAAGGAGGACAGGAGUUUGUGCGAGAUCGACCAGUAGCACUGUGUAUUUAGGGAUGCCCCAAAUUCCGUGAUCUUUAUGUGAAGGCAAUCCGCAUCGAAGAGGUAGGCGGACCUGUUGGCUGAUCUGUGAAAUCUGUGUAGUUCCGUUUUUGUUUUCAUUUCAAGAAAGGUGUAUUUUAGUUUGAAAAUGGACAAAAAUCGAAGUGUUGAUAACAGUUUAACUUUGGAACUCACAGGCCGCUGAACAUCUGGCGAUUCCGGAUUGAGGCAUAGGGGCCGCAAGCUCUCGAUUCGGGGUGCGUAGUGGUGAAAGCUCUACGCGCUCAGCAAAGAAGCAGCUUUUUCCUCUGAGGUAUGCAGGAAGCUCUCCGUUCGAUAUGAACUGUAGACAUAUCAUGGAUCGUAAAGCUUCGUUUAUGAAAUAGUUAAAUGAUGUGAGUCAAUAUCUAAGCGUAGGCCAGUGAGUUGGAGUGAUUUUGAGCUGUUGAUGCUUUUUGGAAGCUGCUAAAAGGCCUUGGCACUGAAAAUUGCGACCUCGCUUGCAAUUACUGUAUGAUAAAACCAGUUUUACAUUGAAACUUGGGAAAUAAAUAAUAUUUUUCGUAACAUUGACUUCGAGCUAGAGAAAGCUUUAAGGAACGAUUUGCCAUAAAAAAAAAAUCGAUAAAUAUAUACAAGAUGAGGCAUUUAUUUUAUCAAAGAUACUUAAAUCUAUAUGUAGUGUAUAUGAAAUAUAAGUCAUAUUGUUUAAAAACUUUAUAAUUACCAAAUAACAUCAUCUUCAAUUCGCAGACACAGAUAACAAAGAGAACAAUUAGUAUUAAAGAAACAUCGGGUGAAAAUUACGCUCGAUUACCAACAGAGUAUAACGACCAGAACUAAACCAGACUAGAAAUUUGACUAUAACUUCUUCGCGCGAGUGUGUACGUUGAGGAAUGGAAAAAUUAGUUUUUGGUUCGCAUUCGCCUAGCAAAGCAAUCAACAUCGAGCUCUUUCCGUUGGAAUUUCAUUCCUGGAUGCAUCAGAGUCGAACCAAAAGCUAGUCGAAAACGUACGGAAUAAAAAAAAACAACAUCCGAAAAUAUACUUAACCUUAUCCAAACUUAACCAGAACAUUAAAAAGUGUUUAUAAUCAAAAAGAUAAAAUGAGUCAUUCAAGAACAAAACAAAGUAAUGAACGCAAGGACAAUAUUCAGUGCAGCCCAAGGUGGGUUAAAUAAUUAAAAAAAAAGUAAUGAAAUUAACAUCUUUGCUACAGAAACUUUUGAAACAAUCAAAAUAAAUGCUGCAAAUGAAAAUUAUGAAAGCUUAACACGUCUCCUUACUUAUCACGAUCUUCAUCGUCAGAGGACGUUAAAUUGAAGGCUUAUGAGAAAAUAACUGUGCAUCGGUAACAUCUAGAGAAAAAAAAAGCCAUGAAAUUACAAUACAUAAUUAAAGAGAGCAACAACUACGUUAUUGGUGUAAUAAACAAUAUAAUCCCAAAUAAAAAAGUAAAUAAAUCCUUUUUGUGUUCUAUCUCUCAUCAUUUGUGUUGCUUAAAAAAACGAAAACAAUGAUUGUUUAACAUAUAUUUAGUUUGGUUCCUUGAAAACACAUAACCCAUUGCAACGCGUAUAAUCGUUGAAUAAAUGAAUAUGUAUUGUAAACA